CGUACUCGCCCCCCUAUUGGCCACGCAAGUCCCCAUGACAAACCAUUGCCCAGUCUUCCACCCCUUGGUGCCAUACAUAGUUCGCAUGUAAGUUAUACCUUGAUUGACUGCAGAGAGCGACCACUUCGUGUCUCCUGAUCAUUGGGAGCCUCAGGGAGUGCACUGGUCCCCCGGUCAACAACCAAAAAUCAAGCCGAGCUUGGGCGAGAGUGUGAUUGAAGGCAUGAACAACUUGACCUUGACUGGAAAUCCUGAGAAGCAUGAUACCUCCCAUAUCCAUCAGACCGCAACAUCAACAUUCAACUAUGGUCACGGAUCUCAUCGCAGUGCCGCGCCCGCGAACAUCCUCAGACGAUCUGCCACUGGUGCUGGCCGUCUCUCCUCUAGCCAGGUGCCAAAGCCGAGAGAUUCAAUGAUGGAGUCGCUGUCGCGUCACGUGGAAGCAGGACCGUCGAUCCGACAGACCAAGACUUCGGCUAUGAGACUGCAGAACUCACUCGAAAAGAGAUCUCAGAGCUCCCCUCUAGCUCGACAUGGUGUUACUGAAACAGGCUCUCCCUAUUCCUUCCCUGCUCGUUCCAACUCGGGACAGGGCAAGGGCAAGGCACCCCUAGAUGAAUUUCGACGAUACAUUCCGCAAGAAUCUGUUGGCUUACCUUCCACGGAGAAGAAAGCCUCCGACGGAUACGAUCCCAGUCGCUAUAAGAGUUCGAUUCCUUUGCCAAUCCGUUCUUCUCGUCAAUCACCCGAAUAUAUCGAUCCAGAUCCAAAGACCUCUUUCAUUUAUCAGAACGCUGCUGGUGUCAUAGAAGCUGACCAGAACGACCUCCGAAAAUGCACACCAGGAUUCUUACCUACCGCAGACCCCCAAGGCUCGGGUGAUCAGUUUGCUGGCUAUGAGCUUCCAGCUGCCAUGUCAGACGAAGACUUUCUGGCUGAUGAUACCCCGGAUGGUUCUGUCGAAAAUUCUGACGAUAAUGUGCAUGAUGGUUCCGACAAUCCUGUCCAUGGCUACGACAAAGAUGGUGCCUUCCACAUUCGUCGGCUCCGAGCCGCCGAUGCAAGUGGGCCCACCUUGAUUGUUCGGGAUGAAGCUAGCGAUCUUCUACUUGGCGUAGAAGAUGCGCCUGCGACUCAAUCUAAUUCUACAGCCGGUUUGAGACUGAGACGCACUCAACGUGGUCUUCGCGGUUUGGCAAUUGAAACUAUUACCAACCGCUCCUUCGCCACGCGUAGAGGCGAUAGUAGCGAAGAUGACAUGCAGAGAUUGCUUCCAGACACUGAUCUCGAUAACGACGGUCUCAUGCAUGACAAUGACGAUGAGCAACAUGACUGGGACCAAGGCCCGCCUUACACAUCUGUCCAUCAUUCAAUCGCUGUUGAGAGUAGCUCUAGCUGCCUUCCAUCUGGCCAUGAUCAAACGAACUUGGAGCGCUUUGCAUUGCCAUCCAACCAUGUGAUUGCAGUUUCCCAGGAUUCCUCCCCAGAAGGACCUGACCCUGGGCCGAUUCAACGUCUACGCACUCGUCCGUCAACUAUUGGUAGACCUUCGCAGGUGACCCAGCGUGUGGACCCAAGCAAGCAGAAUGCUCAGUUGUGGUUCCAGGGCGUAGAUGAAGAAGACCUCAGCCAGGAGCAGUCCAUCGAUGAUUUGCCAUCUCGUAUUCACGGCAUGGAACCUGGUGCAUUUACCCCAGCUGCCACAAGCUAUCCGACUCGUACAUCUUCUCGAAAGCCUAAGGCCAAUCCUGCCCCGAUCGAUAUCUCGUCUACAAAGGGAAUUGAGACCGGAAAUCGUUUCCUAGAACAAGCCUCCAAAGCACAGGCUCCCAAAUUGCGCGGAAUGCGACUGCCCAGACUUGUGAAGACAUUCUCGCAGAGUGUCAGUCCUGGCCCAGAAGCUGCAAGCGAGUCACAUCAAGGUCCUUCAUCCAGCAAGAAAGUCCUCUCUCAAAUGCGUGGCCUCUUCGCCAAGCGUUCGACUGACUUUCAACGUGGAGAUGGCAGUGUCACUUCUUCUCUGAGGAAGAUACCCAGUAAGCUUGGUGUGCGCAACUUUGACUCUGUUCGCCACAAUCGAGUCCAACAGUCGGCCAAGUUUCCCAACACACUGUUGAACCCUGGUUCAGCAGUACGUGAGUCUUCGAGCAGCGAUAAUAACACUCAGGAAUUUGUGAUUUCGGAUCCUUUUGCUGACCCGGUCACACCGUUCACUGCUGGCAUCAUGGACUCCUCAACCACCUCGACUUCAGAAUCUCAAGUCAAUCCCGACUCUGCAUCUCCAAUCAUCCCCGCGUCUGCAUCCCUCAUUCCCCACAGAUCGUCAACUCCGGCCUUGAGCGAAACACCCACGCCUACACCUCCUGCAUCACUCGAUAGUGCUACAGAGCUGGUGCACACACUUUUGAAUCGUGCACUUGCCGAACCUGACGGGGAGCGUAAGGUUCAAUUCAUCGAGCUGUCUAAAUGCAUGGUUGCAAUUGUCAACAAGGCUCGGGAUGGAGCAAAGGCACUGGAACAGGCCAAGAUAGAAGCUGCGAAGGCAGAGAUGACUUGGCUCAAAAUUCAACAGGAUAUGGAUCAUCUCGAAGGGGUUCUCCGCAACAUGCUCUCAGGUCCAACA